AUGACGGAGGAGAACAGCAUCUACAUCUUUAAGGGGGAUGAGAUGAUUGAGUACGAUGGCGAGCUGUCAGCCGACACGCUGGUGGAGUUCCUGCUGGAUGUGCUGGAGGACCCGGUGGAGUUCAUUGAGGGCGACCACGAGCUGCGCGCAUUCGAGAACAUUGAGGAGGACCCCAAAGUCAUUGGAUACUUCGCGGGGGGGGAAUCGGAGCAUUUCAAAGCCUUCUCUGCGGCGGCGGCAGAGUUCCACCCAUACAUCCCCUUCUUCGCCACCUUUGACCCCAAGGUGGCCAGGAAACUGACCUUAAAGCUCAACGAGAUCGACUUCUAUGAACCCUUCAUGGAGGAACCACUCACACUCCCCGCUCCGCCCCACGGCAAAGAGGAGAUCGCCGCCUUCGUGGGGGAGCACAAGCGGGCAACGCUGCGGAAGCUCAAACCUGAGAGUAUGUAUGAGACAUGGGAGGACGACAUUGAUGGGAUUCACAUCGUGGCCUUUGCAGAGGAGGACGAUCCUGACGGCUUUGAGUUCCUGGAGACCCUCAAGGAGGUGGCGCGGGACAACACGGAUAACCCCGAACUCAGCAUCAUCUGGAUUGACCCCGAGGACUUCCCGCUGCUCAUCCCCUUUUGGGAGAAAACCUUCGGCAUCGAUCUCUCCCGGCCCCAAAUCGGGGUGGUCAAUGUCACCGAUGCUGACAGCGUGUGGCUGCGGAUGGCGGAUGAGGACGACCUCCCGGACGUGGCGGAGUUGGAGGAGUGGAUCGAAGAUGUUCUGGAGGAAAUCAACACUGAGGACGACGACGAUGACGACGAUGACGACGCUGAUGACGAUGACGGCGCUGAUGACGACGAUUAGGGCCACCCCGUCCCCAUCCCUGCGUGUGGCCAUUAAAGUCCCCAUAGGGCAGCA